UAGGACCUAUUUGAACUUGAAGACACUUGGGAAAAACAAUUGGAAAAAAUGGCGGAAUCGAAGAGGCAAAACCUUCACCUUUCAGGGGGAGGAGAAGGAGCAUCGACGCCAUUACCAGAGUGGCAAAAACCUCGGCUUGAACCAGAACCAGAAAAAACUAAAGAACCUAGUCUAGAAUGGAUUGCUUUACAAUUCGACAAGGCUAAGCAAGAAAGAAGUGAACAAGGAUGUGAGGAUGUGCAACAAGACAAGUGGGAAGCAUACAUUCUUCUUGAGAUCGAACGAGCUCAAGAAGAACUAGCACAAGUAAAAGGAGAAGAAGAACAUGUGAUUGUGCCACCGGAAAAGAGGCAAUUUGAACAAGGAAAGUGCAUCAAAGGGAUGUCUUUAGACCCCUAUUGCAAUUGUUCUUCACACCCAUGCCCUGGAUUCGAUAAACUCACUCUUGAUACUCCCAUGGGUGCUGUGGAGGAGUAUACCGAUCAUUAUGUCUCUAUUUGGCUCCAUUACAUCAGUCAACUUCGUCAAACUCAUUGUUUUGACAUUGAUGUCCAUCCCGGUUCGUCUUUGGGUGCUGGAGUAUUAGUAUAUAACUUCAAUGAAGAUGCUGAGUUAAUGAUGGAACUGGCUAACCGCGCCAUUCAGGAAUAUAACGAGAGAGAGUGUAAUGUCUUCAAGUACAAGGUUUUGAAGAUUGAAAAGUGAAUUCUACGGUGACAGAUUACUUUGAUUAUUUUAUGACUGUGAAAGUCAGAAAUCUCACUCUUGUUACUCCUAUUGAGACUUUCCAAAUUCAUGCUGGUAAAAGGUGUCGCGAUAAUGGUGGAAAAGCAAUCUAUUGUUGUCAGCCUAAGAGAGAGGCAGUUGUUGGUUUGGCAAAUUGCGAUCUUUGUCUUCGUAAGCUGCGAGGAGAGGCGCGCCAGGGAGAAAAGGAAAAGGCACUUGAAGAAGUAUAGUUACAUAAUUUGGACCAUUUGAGAUUUCAUCAUUAUGGUUUUAAAUUAUGUAACUUGGCUCUUGGUUGAGAUUUUAUCAUUUGUAGUUUACCCCUUUGUUAAUUGAAGUAUCUGAAUUAUUAGCCGUUGGACUAUGGUUUUCUUAGAUUUAGUUAGUGCUUGUUGAGAACAUUUCAAUCUCUGUAGUUUACUUUGAGAAAUGAUCUGACAUGUUAGUUAAUUGAAGUAUUUGAUAUUCUAAAGCUGGGAAUGAAAAAGGUUAUGCGGCAUUUUCUUUAGCCAGCAUUCGUAUAUAAGUAUCCCUUUUCUGAUUUUUUU